AUGGACACAUGGUUCAUCAUAAUAAGUUCACUAUGUGUUGCUGCCCUAAUCAGAUCCAUAAUUAUCAACAGAAGAAAUAACAAGAAAAUGCUACUUCCAGGACCAUCUAUCAUGUACAACAUCUUCAUACAGCUAACCACUCAUCCCCUAAAUUGGGAAGGAGCCGUUCUCAUAAACCUUAAAGCCAAGUACGGGCCACUCUUCACUCUCUCCCUUGCUUUUCAGCCUUUUAUAUUUGUUGGUAGCCACGAUCUCGCCCACCAGAUCCUCAUCAAAAAAGGCACAAUCUUCUCUGAUCGUCCAAAAUCCCUCCCCAUGCUAAACAUCUCCUCAGCCUCCUACGGCCAUACUUGGAGACUUUUCCGAAGGAACCUGGCAUCUGAGAUGAUGCACCCUGAACGCAUCAAGUCAUACUCGUGGGCUCGCAAAUGGGUUCUUCAUAUCUUGAUCGACCGCCUUCAAGAACAAAAAAAGGGUGAAGGAAUCAAGGUGGUCGACCAUUUCCAUUAUGUAGUGUCAUGCCUGAUGAUGGCGAUGUGCUUUGGAGAAAAGUUUGAUGAACGCCAAGUCAAUGAGAUCGCCAAGGUACAACGUGAUAUGUUGUUGAUAGUAGGCUCUGGACGGUUUAUGACGCACAAUUUGUUUCCAAGGAUGAGUAAGAUACUGUGUAGAAAUUGGUGGAAGCAAUUUGAGAAAUUACUCAAUAAUAAAGAACAACUAUUUAUUCCAAUAAUCAAAUCUCGAAUCGAAUCAAUUAGAACUACUGGACGCCAAUCAGUGGCUUAUGUUGACACAUUGGUGAAUCUAAAGCUUCCUAAAGAAGCUAAUUAUAAUGGAAAUGUUAGAAAGCUGACACACAAGGAGAUGGUAAGUUUGUGUAGUGAGUUUCUUAAUGGUGGCACAUACACCACCUCAACAUCUCUACAAUGGAUCAUGGCGAAUCUUGUUAAGCACCCUCACAUUCAAAACAAACUCUAUGAUGAAAUAAUUGAGGUCGUUGGACAACCAUAUCCACUUCCACCACAUGGGGCCGAGCCAGUACUUAUAAAUGAAGAGAACCUAAAGAAAAUGCCAUACCUAAAAGCAGUGGUUUUGGAAGGGCUGAGGAGGCACCCACCGAGCCAUUUUGGGCUGCCCCAUAAGGUCACAAAGGAGGUAGAGGUGCAAGGUUAUGUGAUUCCACAGGGUGCCACACUCAAUUUCUUGUUGGGUGAGAUGGGUUUGGAUCCGAAGGUCUGGGAUAAUCCCAUGGAGUUCAAACCAGAGAGGUUUUUUUCAAAUGAUAAAAGUAAUGGUGUGUUUGACUUUGAUUUAAGUGGAAGCAAAGAGAUCAAGAUGAUGCCAUUUGGUGCUGGAAGAAGAAUAUGUCCUGCCGUUGAUUUAGCCCUGCUUCACUUGGAGUAUUUUGUUGCGAACUUGAUUUGGUAUUUCUAUUGGACUACUCCAAACGGUUAUCAUGUUGAUCUUGCUGAGAAGGUGGAGUUCACCAUUCUCAUGAAGAACCCUCUCGUAGCACAAAUCUCAUCUAGGUCUUCAAAAAGAUCCACUUGAAAUAUAUCAAGUUAAUGGGUUUUUAACAUUUGUUUUUAACCCGUUAACCCAUGUACAUAUAUCAGGGUUAAUGGGUCGAGUAAGGAGAAGCAAAUUGAGGUUAUGAUUGAAAGUUUACCUUGAACUUUUUGUGAGUUGAGCUAAGAUUAAAUAUAUUUUAUUUCGCCAACUCGAAUUCAUCAAUUUGACUUGUGGACCUGAACCGAACCCGGUUGACAACCCCAAAGUUAUGGAACCAUGGUCCAUACUCCAUACUCCGUAUAAUUAUAUUAUUUCUAAAUAACCGUAUUACUUUUUUAUCAUACAAAAACUAACUAUUA